AUGGCGAAGCAUGUGCACGCGUCACAGCUGGCAAAACUAGCAACCCAAGCUUGUUCCACACAAUUGCAUACCACACAAGCAUACCGCGCUUUCUCCGUGCUCAACAGGCCAGCACCAAACUAUGAGGGUCACAUACCAUUGACACGUCUCGAGAGGCUCGGGCUAGCUUUGGGCUCUGGAAUUGGAAGCUUUCUCGACCCGAGGAGAGGAGAUCUAAUCGCCUCCUUUGGCGAAGCCACCGCACAACCCUACUUCAUCUACAAACUCCGCGACCGCAUGCUCCUGAAUCCCACAGGCCGACGCAUCCUCCGCGACCGCCCACGCCUAACCUCCACAACCCUGGAUAUCCCCCGUCUGCGCAGCCUCGCACCCAACACACUCGGCUAUGCGUACGCUGCCUGGCUGGACGCAGAGGGCGUCUCGCCCGAUACCCGUGCGGCGGUCAAGUACCUUGACGACGAAGAAUGCGCAUACGUCAUGCAGCGAUACCGCGAAUGCCACGACUUCUACCACGCCCUAGCCGGGCUCCCCGUCUUGCGCGAAGGAGAAGUCGCGCUUAAGGCCUUUGAGUUUGCAAACACGGGUCUCCCGAUGACGGGAUUGGCGGUGUUUAGCGCCCUUACCUUGAAAAAGGCAGAGUGGAACCGGUUCUGGAGUAUCUAUGGGCCCUGGGCGGUGCGCAAUGGAGCCCAGAGCGAUGAUGUGAUCAAUGUGUAUUGGGAAGAGGAGCUCGAGACUGAUGUCGAUGAACUCAGGACGAGACUGGGCAUGGAGAAGCCGCCGGAUCUGAGGGCGAUGCGGAGGGCGGAACGCGAGGCUCGGAAGAGGGAGAAGAUGGCUAAGGAGGCCAUGGCACGUACUGCUGUGUGA